AGUAAUGAUUUCAGAUCAGAAACUAAAAAGCAAAAUAGAAUAUUUACAUACAGUAUGUUCCAUGAUGCUUUCACAUUCGCUACGGGAUCAAGAUAAAAUACUGAACAAUAUAAUAACUAUAACGAAAAGUGCAUUACAAGAGCAAUUAUUAACCUACGAACCCAACGUUAUCAUUAUAUGUGCGCUUAAACUUUUUUUAUAUUAUGACGAAAAUUUGUCCUACACUGGAAAUCUAUGCGAAUGGAAACGUCGAAAAAAACGUCGUCUUGCGAAAGAAUGUUAUAAUAGUUUAUUGCAAAUAUAUAUUCCUAAAAAAUCUAAGGAAAUUCUUGAAGCAGUGCUAGACAUGAUUUACGAAGACAAGCUUUGGGAGUUUGAAACUUUUUGUUUUGAAGUUAUGUGCAAUCUGUUGGAAUGUGGUCUUAGUGGAGCAUUAAUGAUUCAUGCGAUAUGGGACAAAAUUGAAGCUCCAAAUAUGAAUAUAGAAGACACAAGAAAAAUCAUAAGAAUAUUGUAUGAACUGUUAGAUAUUUAUAUUUGGCCAGGUACUCAUGAUACCGUAUUAGUCAUUGAAAGAAUUUUAAAUCUCUUCUACAUCAGUGUGACUACUACACAAUUUAAUAAUUCUAUAUCAUACGCAAUGCUAAAAAAGGGCCUUGAAGUUUGUAUCAUAAAUAUAGUCAAACAUAUAUGCAACGAUCAUCUUCUCAUCAUAAUACAACAUAUGUGUUCGUGGGCUGUUGAAGAAGGAACGACUGAUGAAAUUAUUUUAGAAUUUGGUAGUACACUUGAAUAUACAUCUUACAUGCAUGAAGUAACGCUAUAUGAAAAAACCUUAACACCAAAGAUAUUCCCAUUGUUGAUGAAAAUGAUAGGAUCAAAAAGUAAAAUAACGAGUUUAUUAGGAAAUAGAGUUAUUCAAUAUUUACUUGAUCGGAAGGACAAUAAAAUCAAUUUUGAUACGCCUAAAAUAUUUUUUGAGGACACUCAGUUUGAUCUCACGAUAAGUGAGUGUUUUAAAGAAGAUAAACUAUUCUGCAAACUUCAUCGAGAGAUUCUGCAUGACAGUCUUUUAAAGAGUAUUAUAAGUCAUUGUUCGUCGCGUAUGAAUUUGGAAACAACAUAUUGUACAAUUUGUUUGAUUGCAAUAGAAAUUCCAUGUGGAUUUACUGCAGCAGCUAUAGUUUGUCUAAUAAUGAACUUACAAGACUUAACUUUAAAACAACAUAAAGAUAAUCCCGAAGUGUCCUAUCACUUGCAUGCUACAGUAAUAGCAAUUAUGUCUCUCUUGUGUUGGAUUCAUAAAGCUAGAGUAUUUUACGAGUAUGUAAAUAAAAUUAUGUUGGAAAGGGCACAAUGGGCUCCACACCUAAAUCCGCCUUUUCAAUCUCAAUAUAAUUUUGCAGCACAUCAUAUUCUAUGGAAUAAACCAGAUUUAUUUUUCGUAGACUGGGAAGCUCGUUAUGGCUUAUGGAAAUGUUUUCGUUUGCGUAGAAAUGAGGACGAUGAAGACGAUAUAUAACUAUAUGUUGAAUAU